AUGGUGGGCCCAAUCGAACCCACAACCUCUUCGCCGGUCGAGGAGAAAAACGGGUUUGGAUUUGAACCACAAAAGAGCGAUGAACUCGGCGGUAGGCAUAUUCACCGGGAGGUGGUUGACUCUGCCUCCAACGAAGAAGCUCUCCAUGAAUCCGAGCAAGAUAUACCGGUUCGUAUUAGCGUGUGCCCCUUCGUCGGUUCUCUCUCUGAUCUCUUCGGCCGUCGUUACGUGGCUAUCGCUGGUGCUUCGCUCGUCUGCCUUGGAAUGAUUGUCUGCGGUACGGCAAAUACUAUGAACACCUUUAUCGGGGGCAUGGCUAUCGCCGGGGGUGGAGCCGGCAUAAAUGAAUUGACUGCACUUGCAGCCACUUCAGAAAUGGCACCCACUCGUAAGCGGGGCGUCUAUGUCGCAGUACUCAUUUUUACGAUUAUUCCGUUCUGUCCAUCUGUGCUCUGGGCACAACUGAUUUCCUACUACAGCGAUUGGCGAUACGUGGCUGCCUUUGCGGGCGCUUGGAAUGGGUUUGGCCUAUUGGCCACCGUUCUUUUCUACUUUCCACCUCCCCGAGCCAACUCGCUUGGCUUGACGCGAAGAGAGAUUAUUGGACGGGUAGACUACGUGGGCGGAUUCUUGAGUAUCACUGGUCUGGUCGUCUUUUUGGCCGGUUUGCAAUGGGGUGGCUAUCAGUACCCCUGGUCUUCCGCUCACGUCCUUGCGCCUUUGAUCAUCGGCUUCUUCCUUCUCAUCGCUUUUGGGUUCUGGGAAGUAUAUGGAGCCAAGUACCCGAUCUUCCCAAGCCGCUUGAAGCAGGAACCUCGGACACUGGGCCUGACUUUGGUCAUCACUUUUAUUUCCGGGGCGAAUUUCUUCUCGGUCCUGAUGUUCUGGCCCACCGAGUCUUUCAAUGUUUACGGUCAUGAUCCAAUUAGCGUCGGCGUUCGUAGUCUGCCCAUCGGGUUUGGUAUUCUGGCUGGAGCGUGUAUCGUGCUCGUCCUCCUGAGUGUCUUUCGAGGGAAUAACAAGGAGCUCCUGAUUAUCAGUAGCGUACUUAUGACCGCAGUGGGAGGUGGUAUUGGCUAUACCAUCUAUUACAACGUCUUCAUCUCCAAAUUCAUACCGGCAGCAGAGAAAUAUAUUGGUGGAGUCAUGGUGACGCAGCUCAAUAUCACUGACACCGCGGCGAUAGCAGAAGUCAUCACUCUGACCGGUGCCUCUCUACUGAAUGAUAUCAAGCAGAUCCCGGGUAUUGCAGGUAAUGAGAUGGCCUACAAUAUGGUUGUGGAGGCUGGUCAGAUUGCUUAUGCCGAGGGUUAUAAAUGGGUGUACUAUGUUAGCAUCGCUUUUGGCGCAGUCUCCAUUCUGGCUGCUUGCUUCUUGGGUAAUAUCAAGAAAUACAUGACGGACCAUGUGGCGGUGGUCAUGUGA